UGAUUUUUAAAAAAGAAAAUUAUUUUUUGAAAAAUUCAAAAUUUUAUUUUGGCCAUGUGACUCACCAUCAGUACGACACAAAAUUUGCUAAUCCCUUUCGUUGAGUUAGUUUACACAAGUGCGGAAAUCACUGAUGAGAAAGGCGGACGCGAGAACAAAACUCCUUCCGUUAAGUUUCAGAUAUGCAAAUGUGAGCGGAGAUAUAAGCGGGUUAGACUCCGGUGAAGGCCUAAGAUCGUUCUCAUCCGUCGCUUUGUGGGGAGCUGCAAAAACUUGCUUUCUCGACCCCGUAGUGUUGGAAAAGUUUCGGUACCUAACGUUUAAACUACCAUAUGUUAAUUAAAAAUGUUAUAGACAAAAAUAUUUUCUUUUUAAAACCUUGGUAGAAAUAUAGAUUUUGAAACUUUAUAAAAUUAUAUUGAAAAAGAGUUGUACUGGACGGUUAAGUUGAAUGGCCGCAGGUGUUAAAUUUUAUGAGGUUCGAAGUCGAUAGUGCAGUGGAAGGACAUGUGACAUGGGUUACAGGUACCAGGGAUGUUCCAGGUAUCCGCAUCCGGCCAACCUCCUAUCAUGCCCGGAUACGAGGAAACAGACGUCGAUGACGUACAACAAUGACUUUUCGGUCGCGACGAGUAAAAUGCAAGGCUGGAGGCCGUCGAUGGAGGACGUGGCCAUGAUACUGCUCGACAUACCCGGCGACAACUCAGAGACGUCCUACUUCGGAGUCUUCGACGGCCACGGUGGUUCUAAGGUAUCUCAGUUCGUCGGGAGGAACCUCCACAGGUUCAUCAUGCACCAGCCGGAAUGGCAGACGAACCUGAAGGAGGCCAUCUACAGGGGCUUCCUGGAUUGCGACGAGGCGAUGAGACGAGAGGAGGGUUUGGUAAGAGACAUGUCGGGCACCACGGCGGUCACCAUCUUCAUAAGGGACAACGUCCUCUACUGCGGCAACGUCGGCGACUCCAGGGCGAUCGCCUACGAGAGCAACCGCGUCGUCCCUCUGUCCUUCGAUCACAAACCAACCGUGCCGACUGAAUUCAGGAGGAUCGUGUCCGCUGGAGGCUUCGUCGAAGGGGAUCGCGUCAACGGCUCCCUCGCUCUCUCCAGGGCCCUCGGCGACUUCGACUACAAGAACCCCGAACUCAACCCCGUACACCAGAUAGUGAGCCCCGUCCCGGAAAUCGUCAUCAAGAAGAUCGACCGGGCCUGGGAAUUCAUAGUCCUUGCAUGCGACGGGAUCUGGGAAGUCAUGUCUAGCCACAUGGUCGCAGAAUUCGUGAGGGCGCGCAUCAGGGAUCGGAUGCCUCUCAAUUUUAUAUGUGAAGCUCUACUGACCAGAUGCCUUUCUCCUAGAUGCGACGGGCUCGGACUCGGUUGUGACAACAUGACCGUCAUUAUAAUCAAGUUUUUGUGGUCGCGCUACUAACGGCUUCACCCAUUAAAAUUUUGGUUUUAGAAAAUUAUAGAUUUGUUAAUAAAUUAUUUAACGUUAGAAUGUUUCCAACGAUGUAAAUAGUUAUUACGUCAGACAAUAUUAACCCAAUUUGUUGAAACAUUUUUGAACAAUAAAGUUCACAAAAUUGGCGUAUC